UUAGAUUUUAUUGUUGAUUUUAAUUUACUUUAAAAUAUUAAAAACGCAUAUCAGAAUGUAAACUGUAUAUAAAUUACGUUUAUCAGCGUCCCACGACACUCACACAUUAACAGUUUCUACUGCUUAUCAUGUUUAGCUUUAGUCUCUUUAGCGCGAUAAUUAAUAAAUAUUAAAUCAAUAUUACCUACAUUAGGUUAAUUUUUCUAACUUCUAUACAAGUCAUUCCAGAUCUCGAAUUUUUAACUAUAUUACUAUGCAGUGUACUUACAGGCAUGUAUUAAAAAAAAUUAAAACUUCCAAGCGAACCAUUACCACCAUCGUGCCUGAAAUACGAAUAUAUGAGGUUGGACCCAGAGAUGGGCUUCAAAAUGAAACGAAAUUUGUACCAACAGAAGUCAAAGUUGAGUUAAUACAUAAAUUGGCAUCUUCUGGUUUGAAAAAUAUUGAAUCAGCAAGUUUUGUUAGCCCAAAAUGGAUAAAACAGAUGAGUGAUGGUGUACAUGUUAUGACAAAUAUUAAAAAAAUACCAGAUGUCAAUUACCCUGUGCUAGUUCCUAAUUUAAAAGGAUAUGAAAUUGCUAAAAAAUGCAAUGUUGAAGAAAUAGCAAUUUUCCCAGCUGGGUCUGAGGCUUUCUCUCAAAAGAAUCUCAACUGUUCAGUCAAGGAAGGACUAGACAGAUUCAGGGCAGUAGCUGAACAGGCUGUGAAAGAUGGUGUUCGGGUCAGAGGCUAUGUCUCAUGUGUAGUAGGAUGCCCUUAUGAGGGUCCAAUCAGUCCUACUGCUAUAGCAAAGGUAACAGAAGAGGUUUUAUCCAUGGGAUGCUAUGAAGUGUCUUUAGGAGAUACCAUUGGUGUGGGAACAGCAGGGUCAGUCCGGCGACUCAUGAAAGAGGUCCUUCAGGUUGCGAAACCCGAAAACCUGGCUCUCCACUUUCAUGAUACCUAUGGGCAGGGCCUAUCAAAUUUACUAGCAGGACUUGAGUUUGGCAUCAAAACUGUGGAUUCCUCGGUCUCAGGUUUGGGUGGAUGUCCGUACGCCCGGGGAGCCAGUGGUAACCUUGCAACUGAAGAUCUAGUCUACUUCUUAUACGGUUUAGGGGUCAAUACGAAUGUCGACCUUGUGAAAUUGGUCGAAGCUGGCCGAUAUAUUUCUAACUUCCUUGCGAAGCCUACAGAAUCGAAAGUCAAUCGAGCUUUAGGAGACCGAUUCAGUGAUCAUUUGGAUAUCGUCAAAAUUGCUGCUUGUAAAACAUAAACUAUAUUAAAUGAAUAGUAAUUGUACAACUCGGCUCAUAAGUAGAAAGAUGAAACUUAUUUCAUAUGAUACAAGAUGGCCACAUCUAAAUAUUUUAUUCGACUGUUCUUAAUUCAAAUCAUUAGACAGAGACAUUACAGAGAGUAUUGUGAAAUAUAAAUAUUUUGCAAAGUAAAUUCGAAAAUUAUAGAAUAAUCAAGUCAGUUCCUAUUAAAAGUUGUUUUUAUUGUAUAACAAUAAUAUUUUAUAUGCGUUUAUGUAAAUAUAUUUGCUGUUAUCGCUUUUGUUGAAAAUAAACAAGCACAAAACACAAUAAAAUAUGUAUCACU